CUCUCCUUGAAGGGGUACGUCAGCGAAAGUGUGCCAAGAGUGCAUAUUAUUUGCAGCUGUUCUCUUCGACGCGCGUGUCGUGCUCAAGCAUUGUUCAAAUAUAGUCACUCCAAGGCUUCCAUCGUAUAAUUAGGCCCGGCGGUACGGUAAAUCGUUCCUCUACCAUCGCACCACCUUUGAAUCUGACAGCGACCCCUCCUAACCUCUGCGCGCUUCACCACAGUCGCAAUUAUGAAUGUGAUCAAGCUUCAAAGAAAAUACCCACAGUUCGACCAAGGUGCCAUCUUCGGGCUUCAAGAUGCAUUCCGUAAACUCGACGUUGACGAUAAAGGCUACCUUGACGAGGCCACCGUCAUAAAGGCUACACAAACAUCAGAGCGCCAGCCGUAUGAUGUCGUCCGCCAGGCGCUGAAAGAAGUGGAACUAGAUAGCUCAAGGAGGGUCGAGCUCGACGACUAUGUUGACCUCAUCUCGAAAUUGAGACAAUCUUCUCCUGCGCAACAGCGCAUGUCGACUGGUCCAACACGACCACGAGGUCUCAGUGGCGCAGCGCCACCCCAAUCCCCACAGCAUGCGCACAAGAGCAGUCAAGGUGCCAGUGGCGGAGGAAGAAUCCAAGUGCAAGGAUCGUCUGCCAACGUCACCCAUACCAUCAACGAGGAUGAACGCACCGAGUUCACCCGACACAUUAAUACAGUUUUGGCCGGCGACGCUGACAUUGGGGACCGACUACCUUUCCCGACCGACACGUUCGAGAUGUUCGACCAAUGCAAGGAUGGUUUGGUACUAGCAAAGCUGAUCAACGAUAGCGUACCAGACACGAUUGACGAGCGUGUUCUCAAUAGGGAGGGCAAGAAGAUUAAGAAGUUGAAUGCUUUCCACAUGACCGAGAACAAUAAUAUUGUUAUCGAAUCCGCAAAGGGUAUUGGAUGUUCAGUCGUGAAUAUUGGUAGCGGAGACAUUAUUGAAGUACGAGAACAUCUCAUUCUUGGCUUGAUCUGGCAGGUGAUCAGAAGAGGUCUGCUCGGCAAGAUCGAUAUCAGGCUGCACCCGGAGCUGUAUCGUCUUUUGGACGAUGAUGAAACUUUGGAGCAGUUCUUGAGGUUACCGCCAGAGCAAAUCUUGCUUCGAUGGUUCAACUACCACCUUAAAAAUGCUAAGUGGCACAGAAAUGUGUCGAACUUUUCCAAAGACGUAUCCGAUGGUGAAAACUAUACCGUCCUGCUCAACCAAUUGAAACCUGAUAUUUGCUCGAGAGCACCACUUCAGACGCAGGAUCUUCAUCAGCGCGCCGAGCAAGUCCUCGAUAACGCCGACCGCCUAGAUUGCCGCAAAUUUCUUACGCCAAAGUCACUGGUGGCUGGAAAUCCGAAGCUCAAUCUUGCAUUCGUUGCCAAUCUGUUCAAUACCCACCCUGGUCUAGAUCCCAUCACGGAAGAAGAAAAGGCGGAUAUUGAGGACUUUGAUGCCGAAGGUGAACGUGAAGCUCGUGUGUUUACCCUGUGGCUCAACUCCCUGGACGUGCAACCCACGGUAGUAUCGUUCUUCGAUGAUCUGCAAGAUGGCACUAUUCUCUUACAGGCGUACGACAAAGUCAUUCCUGGUAGUGUGAACUGGCGGCACGUCAACAAGAGACCUGCAAGUGGUGGUGAAGUCAUGCGCUUCAAGGCUGUGGAAAACACAAACUACGCUGUAGAGCUCGGGAAACAGAAUCACUUCUCACUAGUCGGUAUUCAAGGAGCCGACAUCACUGACGGUCAGCGGACUCUGACGUUGGGCAUGGUGUGGCAACUGAUGCGCCGUGACAUAAUCUCGACUCUUUCGGCUCUAGCUCAACGACUAGGCAAACGCGAAAUUACAGAUGGAGACAUGGUCAAAUGGGCGAACGACAAGGCACGCCAAGGCGGCGGCAAGUCUCCAGCAAUCCGCAGCUUCAAGGACUCUACUCUUGGUACCGGUGUAUUCCUACUCGAUGUUCUGAGCGGCAUGAAGAGCAGCUACGUCGACUAUGACAUGGUUGCAAGCGGCAGAUCAGACGAGGAAGCGUACAUGAAUGCCAAACUCGCUAUCAGUAUUGCUCGUAAGAUGGGGGCCACCAUCUGGCUGGUUCCCGAGGAUAUUGCCAAUGUCCGCAGUCGACUCAUCACCACCUUCAUUGGCAGUCUGAUGUCCACUUCCGAACGAUCGGGAUGAUAGUUCGGAAGAGUGUGUGUUCAUUCCGAUGCCACAUCACAGCAGAAUCGCGGGCUCGCUCAGGUUAAUGCUGAUGAGAUGCAAUGGAUGGAUGGGUGGUGCUAAAUAAGCGUGUGAAGGAGUUGUCAAACGAAUGCAUGCGGCGGGUAAAAGCGCGUGCUUCUCCAUAGCUUUGGUUAUCAAUACAGUAUAAGACUUCCUCUUACGAUCCUUUCGGCAGGCGAGAGGCUACACCCGAGGCCUUCUCCAUGCCAAAACACACUGAUAUGCGUGUACAUGCUUACUAUAGGUGAAUACCGAUCGACAAUAUUGCUUUCCCAGGAGUAAGACUGAGCA